UUGGGAUUCGGAUUGGGUUUAUAAACUUGGCCUCCUUUUUCUCCUUCUCUCUCAGACUCCUCCUGUAUUUGGUCUCUGCCUCUCUCUCUUCCAAAGCCAAAGCCAAAACCAAAACCAAAACCCUUGUCCUUUCUGCUUUCAACCGAAAUUCAGAAGCAUCGGCGGUGGUUAAUUUCACAGGAUCGCAGUUUGCAUGGAAGAUCAUAUUUUUUGAGAUGAUUCGUUGUUUUAUCUCCGCUUCUCUCGGUGGUGCCGGCCAGGCUACUGAUUCUUCAGGCAGUCAUGAAUUAUAUGUGUUUCAUGACUUGCUGCGACGGAGGCCCAUGAUCCUCGCACAACUCCCAUGCGCUUAAGUUUCUCUUUGGAGAGAGUGGUAACUCGGAUGUUUGAAUUCUGGCUGCCUUUGGUAGCUUCUACAGACCACUUGUGUUCUUAAUUGAAGCAGAAAUUAAGGGCACUUAUUAGUUAUACUCACAGCGCUGGGAAAUUGGAAAUUUGGAAGUACAGCUCUAUCAAUUGAUGGGCUGAUCUGAUCCGAUUCCCUCGACAUCCCUUCCCAUUCUGUUUGGGGAUCAACCCUGUGAAAUUUAGAAAUGGGAUUGCCUCAGGUGCCCUCAACUGGAACUUCUGAGGAGGUGCGAGCUGCUUGUCUGGGGUCCUUUUUACAAAGCCCGCCUCGAUUUUCAAGUAUGAGCACAUGUGAUAUGGAUGGGAUGCUUGGUGGAAGUGCAAGCCAAGUGGGGGGGAAUCCAUUAUGCUCCUCUUUAGGAGAUUACCAGACAAGGACCUCCCUAGAAUUUUCAAAGCUCCCUGAUCAUUCACUUGGAUUUAGAGGGACCGCGCGAGUCACUAACAAUGUUCAUGGUUUGUCAAUUGUUUCUGUUGAUAAAGCUGGUCAGAUCACCCCAAGAAAUGGACAGAAUGUUCUGACCCCUGCUUCUAGGAUUGUAGGCUUUGAAUCAAGCGGAACAAGUUCUCUAAAUGAUGAUGACUCCAAGCGUGUUUCAUGUGGGCACGUUCACUCCGCUUCUGCAGUUAAUGUCACGACUAAUGAAAUUGUGACCAGUGGGUCUCGAGUCAGGAAGCGAUUGUUGUCCUCAUUGAAUACUAUGCUUUUUCCGCACCAGUUUGAAGGUGAUCGUUUAAACAUUGGUUGCACAACUUCUGGAGCAAAUUAUCCUGCUGUGAGUGAUAAUUUUAGUACGUCUGUCGCACAUGAUUAUAAGAAAGCAAAUGUUGGGAGCAAACGUAGUUUUACCAUGCCAACUUGGUCUCUAUCUAGUUGCUUUGAGCAGAAGAGCAUGGCACAUGAUAGUGGUAUUAUGGAAUCCAUUUUUUUCACGAAUGGCCCUUUGCUGGAAAACAAGGAUAUCGGACCUCGAAAUAGUUAUCAAUCUGCACCUAGACGUGAUGAGUUGAGAAAGCGGAGUAAUGCAAAAAUCCAAAGUGGGGCAAUAUCCACAUCUCCAAAGGAAGUGAUCUCACCUUUGCAUCCUUUGUCACCUCUUGGCCCCAGGUUGUCUGAAAGAUUGAAAAUUGCAGGGGGCUGCAGGACUACUGACAAAGAGUUGGAGGAUUGUCAUUCAACCUUAAGGAACGUGAAACAAACACUUGACAAGUCUGAUGCAGACAUUCUCUUUUCCCCUGAACUAGGGGAGUUUAAGAUUGCUAGUAAAUUAUUGGAAGAUGUUGAUGUUUUUCACAGGGAAUUCCUUCCAUCUUCUCUAGAGAAUAGUACUGGCAUAAGUUAUUCUUUGUCACACGGGUCAGCUCCCAACUCCCAAUGCAUGAGUGGGCUUUCUGUCGGGAGAUCCUUGGUUGGUUCAUUCGAAGAAUCUCUACUGUCUGGUCGGUUCAUAUCAGGGAAACCCAGUCAGAGAAUCAAUGGUUUUCUGGCUGUGCUAAGCAUCACUGGGGGAAACUUUUCUCCGCAAUCACAGAAGCUUCCUUUUUCAGUAACUAGUGUAGAAGGUGAUUGCUAUUUAUUGUAUUGCGCAUCCAUACAUCUUUCGAGAAAUUCAGCAUUGAAUAGGAGUGGAGUACAAAAGAUUAAACGAGGCCUCAGCAAUGAUGGUUCACCGAUUGUCACAAGCCGCCUGCGCAUUCCUGUGAAGGGCCGUAUACAAUUGGUUCUAAGCAAUCCAGAGAAGACACCUAUUCAUACCUUUCUUUGUAACUACGAUUUAAGCGACAUGCCAGCUGGUAGCAAAACUUUCUUACGCCAGAAGGUCACCUUAGCAUGCAGCCCAAAUUCUUCCCAGUCGGGACAUGGGAAGACUGAUCUGAACUCAAAAGUCAUAGAGAAGAAGGAAGUAGAGAAUACAGCCGGAGUAGACAUUGUACAUACAACAAGAUCUGUGGAUCAGAAAACUGAAAUUAGAAGUGAAGACUCUAAUUUUGUGGAUUCAAUAGAUGAGGGGGAUAUCUCCAACUUAUACCCUAAACUGGGAAGGGGAUCCAAUGCUUCGUUCCUUGUUGAGAAGAGCCUCAACAAUGGGGAGUACCGAAGCAGCAAUGGAAAGGAGCGCGAGUUUGCUGAUGCAUGCUAUGGAACCGACAGGAAGCACGGACAUGUUUGUUCAAGGUUCAAUCAAAACAGUAAUGGUGCUCUCCGCUAUGCUCUCCAUCUCCGUUUCACAUGCCCUUUUCCCAAAAAAAGUUCUAGGACAGUCCAGAGGUGCAAAUCAGAUCCCCUAUCUACACCACAGAGAACAGGCUUAGACAUGGAUGGGGAGCGCAGAUUCUACCUGUACAAUGACUUGAGGGUCGUGUUCCCUCAACGCCACACAGACGCUGAUGAGGGAGAGUUGAACGUGGAAUACCAUUUCCCGGAGGAUCCGAAAUACUUCGACAUCAACUGAAGCGUCAUUUUCCCUUGUUUUUGUUUAUUGUACUCCACUGUGUACAUAUUCUCAUAUAUAUAUAUAUAGCUUUCUUUU